AUGAGUCUGGGGAAUAAAAAUGUUUCAAUUUCAUCAUUAUUAUCAUCAAAUACAAAUGAAACUACUACAAAUAAUCUAGCGAGACUACAACCAAAACCAACAAAAGCUAUAAAAGAUCCAAAAGAAGUUAAACAAUCGUCAUUAAAAAGAUUAUUAUCAAGGUAUCAAACUACAUUUGAUGCGCAAGAUUCACCAGAACCAAUAGAACAAACAUCAAGUACAAAUAAUCUAAUACUAAAAAAUUCUUUAAAUAAAUCAAAUACGACAAAUUUAAAAUCACCUUCAACAAAUAGCACCAACAGUAGAUCAAGAUCAAUUUCAAAAUCACCUUCUGCAUCACUAACAACUCAAUUAAAAAAAUUCCAAACUGAAUUUCAAGUAGGUCCAAUAACUGCUCCAAAACCAAAAAGUAAAACUUCAAUAAAUUCAAUUAUAAAUCUAGAUGAUGAUGAAAAUGAUCAAAUAAAUAAUACUUCUUUCACUCCUUCACAACUGGCUGAUAUACUAAUGAACCAUAAUUUAUUAAAAUGGAAGAAACCAAGUGGAACAAAUGGAAAUGAUAAUAAGAGACGAAAAAUUAAUAAUGGAGAAUUACAACAAUCACCAAAUAUAACCUCCAAAUUGAAAAAUGAUACCACCAAUAUACAACCAGUUAAAAAGGGGAUAUACUCAGGAAUGACAACUGAAAAAUCAGAAAAUAAAGGUCCUCCUGUAAAAUUAUCAGCUCCAACAGUUAUAGAUUUAUUGAAUCCAGAAGAAGAUGAAGAAGAAGAUUUAGAAAUUAUGGAAGAUGACAAUCAAACAAAACCGAAUACAGUAUCAACACCUACAAAACCACAAUCCAAUACAUCAAAAAAGGAGCUAUCACUAACAGACAAACAACAAUCAAAAGAAAAAAUAGAAACUCCAAUAAUAGCAUUAAAUAUUCCAUUAUUAGAUCCAAAAAACCCACAACCAGGAAAAGCAGAAGUUGUAGUAAAUGUUUUGAAAUUAGCAGAAGAAAAAUAUGGUUGGUCAGUUAUACAUCCAAAAGCCAAAUCUGCAAUUGAUAUAAUGGAUGAUAUGAUAGAUGAUGAAGAAGAUGAUGAUCAAGUAGAUGAUGAUAAUGAUGAAGAUGAAGAACAAGAUAAUUCAAAACCAAUACAACAACAAAGGGGAAAAGAAUUAACAGAAGAACAAUUAGUUAGACAACAUGAAAUUAAAAUGAUUAGAAAAGUUGGUAAAUAUGAUUUUGAGGAUCCUUUUAUUGAUGAUUUUGAAUUACAAAUGGAAGAAGAAAUUUCAACUACAAAAGAAGGAUUUUUUGUUUAUUGGGGUCCAUUAAUUGAUGAUAGAAAUAAUUCAACUAAUAAAAAAGGUUCUAAAAAGAAAUGA